CGGCGACAUGUUUCCGGAAGUAAGUCCUACGAGAGCGCGGUAGAUUUUUUAUUUAUCAAAACGGCGUGCACGUACGUAUACAUUUCACGCGCGGACACGUCCACGCUGGUUGUGCAUUCGCCACUUUUAACCGUGAUAUCCCUACUUCUCUGCUGUCCGCCAGCCAGCCGGUAGAAUUACUAGAACGGAUACCUAUCUACGUGAGGCUCGACCGGCCCGAGAGCUCAGCUUGCGACAGUUGUCGCUCGGUCGCUCUCACGGAGCCAUCUCGGCUUCGCCGCAAACCGGUUCCGUAGGGUCUCUAAUAAAAGGAUCUUAAAGGACGACGUUAUCACAAAGGACUCUGAAAACUAUCUUCAAGAAACCACCAACAUUUAACGCACCACAGUCAAAGAACUCUCAGUAACUUGCGAGGAGCCGUCGACACGGAAUCAGGAGCAAUUUGUUAAUUAAGUUGGACGUUAAUCGCAAGAUUUCGAGAUGGUGAAUCUGAAGAGCGCUCUAGGUACCAACGAGCUCACCGACAGGGAGGUCGGUCUCCCUCGCGCCCUUCUGGCGGAAUUUCUCGGCACCAUAUUUCUCAACUUCUUUGGCUGCGGUGCUGUGGUAACCGAGAAUGUCUUAACUGUCAGCCUGGCCUUUGGCCUGGUGGUGGCGGGCGUAAUUCAGGGGAUAGGUCAUAUUUCCGGAGGUCACAUCAAUCCGGCGGUUACCUGCGGUCUCGUCGUCAUUGGCAAGGUACCAAUUAUCAGGGGUGUUUUGUACAUUGUGGCGCAAUGCGCGGGCGCCAUCGCGGGUUCGUCGAUCCUGAGGGCCCUUUCGCCCAACAGGAUGGAUAUGUUCAUGGGCGAGGUGAAACUCUCCGAAGGGGUGACUCCGGUGCAAGGGUUCGGCGUGGAGUUCUUCCUCGCGUUGAUCUUAGUGUUGGUAGUUUGCGGAGCGUGCGACGCCGCUAAACCGGACAGCAAGGGCCUCGCGCCCCUCAUAAUCGGCCUGACGGUCACCGUCUGCCAUAUCGUCGGCAUAUUGCGAACGGGUGCGGGAAUGAAUCCGGCGCGUUCGCUGGGCAGCGCCGUGGUGAUGACCGCUUUCGACGACCACUGGGUGUACUGGGUGGGCCCAAUUAUGGGUGGUAUCGCUGGUGCGCUCAUCUACGUGCAUGCAAUCGGACCCGCCAAGCAACCGGAAAUACCCACUAGAACUUACGCCUCUGUCGCCACCGAAGAAAAGGAGAGGUUCGAGUACAUUGACAGCGGACGUGGCGGACUUUAAGCGAUACGAAGAUGCCCAGACGUACAAGAGCGAUCUAGCGAUUCGCCCGUAAAAUAGAAUUUCCGCAUAAAAGUAAAAAGGCAAUAGAACAUGAAAACAUCCUUCUUUUACAGCUCCAGAAUCUUACCAGCAAGACAAACAUCAAUCCUGCUUGAUGCUUUAACCAACUCUAACCAUCUUUCUCUGCCAACUCGCCAAUCGUCUUAUAUUGUAUAAUAUGAUAAGAUCUUACAAUUAGACUUUUAUAUAAAGAGAACUGUGUGUGUUUCUACAAAACUGAAGUUUAUGAAAUUACUUAUUCACGGAGUAGUCUUAGAAAAACGCGAUUGUGACGACGUCGGUUUUUAUUAAUCGUUGAGGAUGUAAGACUAGGGGCGCAAUCAUUCGCAUUUCAAUUAGCCGACUUCAAAAUGAAAUGUACAAUUUUUUCCACAAUCGGAUACACAAUUUUAAAGAGUUCAGAAAAGUAUUGAAAAAUACCUUUAAUACCAAACAAUUUCAGAUGUUAGUCUCAAAGAGAAUUAAAUUGACAGACGGAUUUCUCAAGAGAAAUCUGGGCUUUAAGAUACAGCAAAAUGUUAAGUCAUUGAGAAUCUUUCGCCACAAUUUUCUGCCAAUUCCUAGCAAUAUUUGUCAUUGUAAAUUGAACUUUUAAAUACUUGAUACGUUCUGAUAUAGAUCGUCUUGUAAUCGUGAAAGAUAAGAAAGCCAAAGAGAUCUUUCGUCACGAAAUAAUCUACGUUGCCGACAUCUCAUGCCACACAUUGGGUAACGCAUAUAGUCAGCCGUUUAUCGCACAAGAUGCAUUUUGAUAAUGCCUUUGGUAAUCAAUCGACUCGACAUUCGGCUAAAUUUUUUCGCACUUCAAUCAGCAACACUGGAAAAAUCACGCAACCUGCUUAAAUGCCAUACGUAAAAUAAUUUUGGCAUUUAACAACAUUACGACGUGUAGUUACAUUUUAGUGAGUGCAUAUCUGUUAACUUAUCAUUCUACAUAUAUGUGAAAAGCAUCUUAUUGUCAACUUUUAAUAAUUUAUCCUUAUUUUGUUACUAAUUAAGAUUAAGCGCGAUGUAAUACAUUUUAGGAUAAACAACUUUUAAUAAAUAACAAGCAAAAGAUUCGAUCACAGUGAAAUUAUCCAUCUUUUUAUGGAUCAUUAAAAACGUUUUUGCUUAGUUAUCUGUACGUUUCGUUAAUUUAUGAGUUUGCGUGACUUUUCGAUUAAAUUAACGCUAAUGCAUGCUCGUAAUUACUUCGCGUAAGUUAACACAGGUGAUUGUGUCUAGACAUUUGUUUUAAUCGGAUCAUUGCAGAUACUCUCUGAAGUUCUCGACAUAUUCACACAUGCGCGAAAGUUUAUUUAAAAACUCUGAAAGACAUUCGACUAAACGCCACUAAUUCCUUAAAAGCGUGUCGCAAUAAACCGACUGAUUUUCAAGCCCUGAUCACGAAUUCCAACUCAUAUACAUCUCACCUUGGCAACAAAAUGCAUUUCUCCACAAAUAGAAUCAAUAGGACAAUAUUUACAUAUCAAUAGAUCAUCAGAGAGUACACAUGUAUUACUACCAUUAAUGUGAGUUAUGUUGUACGGAAUAAAAUGUUUACGUUUUUAUACGAA